AUGUCAACAUCAAAGAGCAGUAAGAAGCAGCCGCCCUUCUGGCUCGGAGGGGCUGCAGGCUCCCUCUCAGCAUGUAUCACUCAUCCUCUCGACCAAACGAAAUACCGCAUGCAGACCAUGGCGACGCGACAGAGCAUGUUCAGAACCAUGGUUCACUUCGCCCAGAGGGAUGGCUUCUUCUCCUUGUGGUCGGGCAUAUCUGCGUCGAUACUCCGGCAGUGCACGUACACGACCGUGCGGUUCGGCGUAUAUAACUACAUGGCCCAGCAGGCUCGUGAGAAGUCCGGCCAGCAGAAGCUGUCCUCAAUAACAGAAAUCGCGCUGGCUGGCGCAGCUGGCGGCCUGGCAGGCAUGAUAGGUAAUCCGACCGAAGUUGCCCUAGUGCGAAUGUGCGCCGAUGGCGCAAAGGCUCCGGGGCAGCAAUUCGGAUAUAAGAACUCCUUCGACGCGAUACUGCGCAUCGGUCGUGAAGAAGGCUUGCAGACGUUCGGCCGUGGCUUGACUCCCAACAUCAUUCGGAGUGUCAUCAUGAACGUGGGCCAGAUUGCGACGUACUCUGCUGCCAAGCACGAGCUUCUCACCAAUCCUCGCUAUGGCCUCACCGAUGGCUUGCCAACUCAUUUCCUGGCGUCCUUCAUCGCUGGCACGGUCGCCACGACGGCAUGUGCACCUGCAGACGUCCUCAAAAGCCGUGUUCAGAAUGCCGUCGCGGUUGACGGUGUGAAGCCGAGUCUUGCAAAGAUUAUUUCAGACUCGUUUCGGCAUGAAGGCCCUGCCUUCGUGAUGAGGGGCUGGUUGCCCGCGUGGGUGAGGCUGACUCCCUACACUGUCCUCACAUUCGUGUUUAUGGAGCAAUUGCAGCGAUUGAUAGGAAUGUCGAAAGAUCUCCCAACGACUGCCACGGCAGUCAAGGCUAAGAUUUGA